AUGAUUACUGAAGCCCUAGAACAAAAACAAUACUGCACCGCCAUAUUUCUUGAUAUAGAGAAAGCUUUUGAUAAAGUUUGGCAUGAAGGUUUAUUAUAUAAGAUAAAACUAAAAUUUCCCACUGCCUUAUACCAAUUAAUAAAAUCAUUAAUAAAUCUAGAGGACAGAACAUACUAUGUCAAAAUUCAGGAUAGCACCUCUGAUAUCUACAAAAUCAAGGGUGGCGUUCCUCAGGGCAGUGUAAUGGGGCCCACACUUUACACCCUUUAUACAGCUGAUAUCCCCACUACAACAGAUACCACAUUACUCACAUUUGCUGACGACACAGCCAUAUUAACUACACACGAUGACCCUAGAAUAGCUUCCAAAACGUUGUUGAAGGAUAGCACCUCUGAUAUCUACAAAAUCAAGGGUGGCGUUCCUCAGGGCAGUGUAAUGGGGCCCACACUUUACACCCUUUAUACAGCUGAUAUCCCCACUACAACAGAUACCACAUUACUCACAUUUGCUGACGACACAGCCAUAUUAACUACACACGAUGACCCUAGAAUAGCUUCCAAAACGUUGCAAAAGCACAUACAAACACUCGAACGGUGGCUAAAUCACUGGAAAAUAACUGUCAAUACCGAAAAAUGCAAUCAUAUCACCUUCACAUUAAGAAAAGGCAUUACACCACCUAUCAUACUAAAUCAAUACAUUAUACCACAGACUAAAGCAGUCGAAUACUUAGGAUUACAUCUAGACUCCAAACUCACCUGGAAACAACACAUAAAGAAAAAAAUAGAACAAAUCAGAAUUAAAAGGAGGGAAAUGCAAUGGCUCACCAACAGACAUUCUAAGUUAUCACCUGAAAAUAAACUACUAAUAUAUAAAACAAUCAUAAAAUCUAUCUGGAAAUAUGGAAUUCAACUUUGGGGCAUGGCUGCCAAAAGCCAUAUUGCGAAGAUUGAAUCAUUACAAUCCAUAGUUCUCAGAACAAUUGUUAAUGCUCCAUGGUACGUCCGUAAUGACGAAAUUCGUAAAGACUUAAAUAUAACACCGGUCUCUGAUGAAAUAACGAGACUGUGCAGAAACUACAAAACCAGACUGGAGCAACAUCCCAAUAGUACAGCCAAGGAACUCUACUCAACGGAUCAACCUAGAAGACUAUUACGGAGAAAACACCCGAUGGAUCUGCUACUCUGA